AUGCCUGGAAAGGAGCUUCCUGAUCGCUGCAUGAACUGCCAUGAGGCGCCACCAACCUUCACCCUGCGGGGUCGUUGCGUGUGCCAAGAAUGCUAUAUCCGCUUCUUGAGCCUCAAGCCCUUCAAACGCAUGGAGGCCUAUCGUCUGCGGAAGAAUAUGCCCAAGACCGGUCCCUGCAAAUUGUUGCUACCCCUCUCAUAUGGCGUCUCGUCCACCGUGCUACUGCACAUGCUACAUAAGCAAAUCGAGGUGCUACGAUCGAAGCAACAUGGCCCCGCGGGCUUCGAAAUUCUUGUCCUAGUCGUCGAUCCUUCGACUAUCUCCUCCAUUUCUUCACACGACGAAGGCUUCGAACUUGCGAAAAAGACUUUCCCACUCUGCUCCUUUACCCAGCUGCCUUUCCACAGUAUCUUCGAACUCGAUCCGGAUGUUCAACAGAUCAUGUCGCAGUAUGCCGGGGAGGGCUUUACGGAUGAUACGGGCCUACCCAACGAGGAGCGACUCGCAUCCUUCCGUCGGUCCAUUACGACGGCCACGUCCAAAUCAGAUGUCGAUCGUAUCCUGUUGAACAAGCUCAUCGUCGCUUUCGCGAAGAAGAUGGAAUGUCGGGGCAUAGUGUGGGGUGACUCGGAUAGCAAGCUCGCUGCCAAGACUCUUGCCAACGUUGCGAAAGGACGUGGUUCUGCAGUAACGUGGCAGGUGUGCGAUGGGAUGUCUCCUUUUGGUUUGGAAUUCAACUUUCCCCUCCGGGACGUGUUCACCGUAGAAACACAGACCUACGCCAGCCUCUUUCCGGAACUUUCUGGCAUCGUCCUUCAUGAUGAGCCUCCCUCAGAAAAUACGCUUACGAAGAAUCUGUCGAUUGACGAGCUGAUGAUACGUUAUGUCAGUACUCAGGGUGAAAAAUAUCCUGGUGUCAUGUUGAACGUGACAAGAACCGCCAGCAAGCUCCAGUCGUCCGGUACCUCUGUUGGUGGGCCACAGUGCGACUUCUGUGGAGCUUAUAUAACUAGGAAUGGAGAGAUUACGAAGGGAGAUGAGCAGCGUCAAUUUUGUUACGCCUGUGCUCGGUCCCGGCCAGAAUUGAACUGCUAG